AUGUCCUCCGACGACGCCUAUAUGGCGUUCCUGAACAAGGCCAAUGCAGACUCCAGCGAGGGCCAAGCCCAAACCACGCAAGAAUCCUCCGACAUUCUGCGCACCAAGACAGUCGACAGCUCCCUCUCCAUCCCCAAACCCCUCAAGAAUAUCGACGCCUACUACGUCUCCGACACAGAUGAGCCCUUUGACCCCGUGGUGCUGAAGUGGGAUGCCGCAAAGGAUGAUACCUGGCCGAGUAUUGCCGAACUCGCCAGCCUAAUAUCCGAAUCAAAUGACCUCUCCCGCUCUAUCGAAUCUCUCCCGCUCACCUCCUUCGACCCCAAAGAUCAAUACCCCGAGGUGCUCGGCGCUGUGCGCGCCGCUGCUGCGGAGAAUAACCCUGAUGCCACGCAGGAAGCUGUGGAGUUGAAGGUUUACCGUAUUGAGAUUACGACUACUCGCAUUGAGUACUGGAUUCUGGCUCUUCACGCGCCUGAGAAGAAGAUUGUCGGAUUGCGGGCUAAGGCUGUUGAGUCGUAG